UCAGCUCGAGACUCCCACAGACACACGUCUCUCUACGGACUCCUGCUUACUACACUGGCGCCGCGUACUUAAUGGCAAUACACUGCAUGUGGAUAUACAAAGCAUAUUUCUCAACAGGAUUAAAAUCUUGCAUUCUUACAUAAAUUUACAACAUCUCGCGCCGUCUUGAGGAGCGCGUUCACCGUGGAAUACAGUGUUUUCUUUGCUUGAGGGAUGGGAUUAAAGAGGUCGACCAAAAGUUGGGAUUUUUAAGUCUCGAUGUAUUGGAUGGUAUGAUGGAGAGAUAAAGCACGCUCAUACAGAGCUCACGAAGGCGGACGAAUUGGUCAUAACAGCAAGAGGAAAUGCACAGAGCUUGGGUUCUUCUCAUUGUAAUAGAAGAGGGAUUUGCCCUGGCCCAGAAAAUCAGAGAGACCCAGAAUGAGGGAGAAACUCCCACUAAGGCUGAGCAGUGCGGCCUGUGGACGCGGAAUAUCAAUGGAGGCCUAUUUACAUCUCCCAACUACCCCAACUCCUAUCCACCCAACAAGGAGUGUGUGUACAUCCUGGAAGCUCUCCCUCGCCAGAGAAUUCAGCUGGCCUUUGACAAAACGUACUAUAUUGAGCCUUCUUUCGAGUGCCGCUUUGACCACAUAGAGAUAAGGGAUGGUCCCUUCGGGUUCUCCCCUCUAAUCGAUCGCCUGUGUGGGCCAAAGGGUCCAGGCGUGGUCACCUCCACGGGGCGCUUUAUGUGGAUCAAAUUCAUCAGCGACGAGGAGCUUGAAGGAUUAGGUUUCCGAGCUAAAUACACUUUUAUAGCAGACCCAGAUUUUCAUUUGCACGUCGGUGGAUUGCUAAAUCCAAUUCCAGAUUGCCAGUUUGAGAUCAGUGGCACAGACGGGACCAUCCGCUCCAGUCAGGUAGAAGAGGAGGAUAAGAUCAAAAAUGGAGAUGCACUGGACUGCAUCUGGACCAUACGUGCGCCUCCUAAAUCCAAGAUAUAUUUGCGCUUCCUGGAGUACCAGAUGGAGCACUCAAACGAGUGCAAGAAGAACUUUGUGGCAGUCUACGACGGCAGCAGCGCCAUCGAGAACCUGAAAGCCAAGUUUUGCAGCACUGUGGCCAAUGACGUGAUGCUGGAUACCGGCGUAGGUGUUGUCCGCAUGUGGGCUGAUGAGAGCAGCAGACUCAGCCGUUUCCGAAUGCUCUUCACAUCAUUUGUGGAUCCUCCGUGUUCAAGCAACACCUUCUUCUGUCACAGCAACAUGUGCAUCAAUAACUCACUGGUGUGUAACGGAGUUCAGAACUGUGUGUACCCCUGGGAUGAGAAUCAUUGCAAGGAGAGAAAGUCCAAGGGACUUUUUCACCAAAUCACUAAGACACACGGCACUGUAAUCGGCAUCUCCGCUGGCGUGGUUCUUGUCUUGCUCAUCAUCUCCAUCUUUGUGCAAAUGAAGCAACCCCGUAAGAAAGUAGUGGUCCGUCGACCCGCCGUCUUUAACAAAGGCGGAUUCCAAGAGGUCUUCGACCCUCCAAACUAUGAGCUUUUCUCUCUUCGCGAGAAAGAGCUUUCGUCAGACCUGGCUGAGCUAUCGGACGAGCUGGAUGGCUACCAUAAGUUGCGGCGAUCCUCUACCAUGUCUCGGUGCAUCCACGAGCACCAUUGUGGAGCUCAAGCCCCCUCCGGUGGCAGCGUGAAGCAGAGCCGCACCACCCUCACCUCAAUGGAGCUCUCCUACCACAAUGAUUUCUCCAAGCCGCCACCCAUGAAGACCUUCAACAGCAGCACCACCGGCACUUACAAGAAGAGUUGCUAUGGAUACAAACAGACUCACGACUGCGCAGAGCAGGUGAUCGAGGAUCGGGUCAUGGAGGAGAUCCCCUGUGAAAUCUAUGUGAGGGGUGGGAGCGUGGGAGGGGCUGCAGGCAGUAUCGGAAGCGGCUGUGGAAGCAUCUCUAUCCGUAACCAUGGCAGCGCCCGUAGCAACAGCACCACCGUGGUGGACCCGGGACAGCGAUCUAUUUCCAUGGACUUUUGAAAUGAGGAAAAAGAAGCGGGAGAACAAACUACUGACUACAGUGACUUUUCACUGUCCUUCAGUACUGUUUUUCAUGCGCGGGUUCCAGUGCAAUAUAAAAAAACAUGAGUGAGUUAACGAUAAAUUGAUAGAAAGAUAAGGCAACAUAUGGCCGGUUAUUUUAAUCUCUGUAUAUUUAAAAAAGAAAGAUAAAUGGUAGGUUUUGUGUUGUUGCUUUGUAUUACUCACUUUUUGCCCCAUUUGACUUUGUAGAGAACAGAAAAUAUGCCGAAAUGAAGAUGACUAUCAUGGUUAUUAACUGAGGUCAUGUAGUGGACACAACCAUUCCCUGCUGAACCCUAAAACCAGGUGCGACAUGGGUUUGUGACUUGUCUGUCCAAACUUAAAGUGGAAAUGAUUCAUGAUACAAUCACAGCCUAUUCAAAUAUAUUUGGUAAAUGUAAAGCUGGAUUUUGGACUGAUAGGAUUCCACUAUGGGUGGGGUUGCACAGCACAAGACAAACAGACAACAAGCGAGCAACAAAACGUGCAUGGCUGGUUUAGACCAUAACUGAAGUGACAAUGGAAGGCAUCACUUUGUCAUAUUGUGCCUGUUUUGUCCACAAACUUGGAUGGGAAAAGCAACUAGAUCAGAUUCCCUCCCACCACAUAUACAAACAUCGACCUACAUUUUUACAUUCUGUCAUUUGUUGUAAAAUUUGGUUUUUAACAUUUUGCUUCAAACAGAUUGCUGUGCAGACUGUAUGUACUUAAAUCUAAGUGCCCAUUAAAGGCAACAGCAUACACCUUGAUUUUAUGUUCUGUCAACCUAUAAACAACAUUUUUGGAGAAACGACCAAUCCAUUACAAGCUUCUGAUAACGAAAUUGUAAAUGAUGCUUACACCUUUUGUAUAGAAAUUAUUCUUUUUGUUGUUAAAUAGGUAAAAAUGAACAGGAAUAUAUUUUCUAACCAAUAUAUGUUGUAUAUCGAAUUAUAGUGCGCUUCCAUUUGAGUCAUUACAUGAAUAAUUGUACAAGAUAUUGAUGUAAGAAAUGUCCAAGUACAUUUUAAUAAAACUACAGCACCUACAGUA